AUGCAAGCGACAGCUGAAACAGAAGUUCAAUAUGCAGGAGAUCUUCCUCCACCAGAUUCUUUUCUGGACGCCGCAAGCCCUCUCCUAUCGGUUCACGACCUCCUAGGGAUCCCGCAGCUUCAUAGUAACCCCUUUGACUUUCACAAUCUAGAGAGCGGAGAACCGUCGUUCAAGUGGCAAACGGAUACCUCGUGCACAGACAAUCUACUUGACAACUCGGCUCCGAGCGUGAUCACGGCAGAUUCGAGCGUCUCACCAAUCCCCCAAGCCGAACUCGUUUGUCCCCGAGAUGAUCACCAACUCCAAAACUCACAGGGGUGCUGCAUCCGUCUGGCCACUGAGGUCCUCAGCUCCAUGCAUACAGGCGCUAACUCCUGCAUUAUGCGAAUGGGCACAAGUGAGGGAGGUGGUCGGCAGCCUCAACUGCCGCUUGCAGCGGACGCUAUAUUGGCGAUGAACCAGUCCGCCCUGCGGGCGGUCCAAUCCAUGCUGAAUUGUUCGUGCCACAAAAGCCCGCAGGUGCUUCUGCUUAUCACAGUCAUCUGUUCUGGAAUUACAUCUUGGCAUUGGCACGUUGUCGAUAUCUACAGUCGCAGUCACAGUCCGCGCCGGAGCUCGACCAUGGAAAGUACCGUUUCAUCCACCGACGAGGGCAGCAGAGCCGACGCUCAAAGGCCAGAUUUCUUUAUAGGCAAUCACCGGUUGGGCGAGGAGGUGCAGACGGUCCUCAUCCGUCACGUCGUUCUGGGAAUGCUUCGGGAACUCCAGGUUGUCGUUGGAGAUAUUGCUGGCCACAAAGGACAAUCCGCAGCCGGGGCAGUCAACGAGCCGAGAACCGACACGGCGCUGAGUGGUGUGCGGACCAGAAUCAUAGCAUUUCUCAAAAAGCAGUUACAGGGGCUGACUUCUACACUGGACCUGCCAGGCACUGAGUUGGGGACAUCGGGGCCGCCCAUCUCAGACAAGUGA